AUGGAGAAAUAUUUCAAAAAAGUACCUCCUCCGGAAUCUGAUGCCAAAGCUGAUGAUUUGCCAUCUAACCUUGGUGAAAGGAAAGACAAAAGAAAAUCUCCUCCAAUAGAUAAUACCGAUAUUGAAGAUUUGCCAUCUGACCCUGGUGAAAGAAAAGAUAUAAUGGAGUAUCUUUCGCAUCAAAGAGACGAGGUUAGACGCAAAUAUCUAACUAAAGAUGAGAUACGGAUGCAAGGUGGAAGUGAUGCAUUUGUGAAAGAAGGGUUUAAUAGUUGGAAUAAGCCAGAUAGAUUGCGUACUCAUAUGGGUAAACCGCCCAACAGUUUUCAUAUUAUUGCUGCUCAGAAAUGUGAGGAUUUGAUGAAUCAAAAUCAGUCUAUAGUACAUGCUUUGUUUAGGCAAGAUGAUAAGAUGAAAAAUGAGUAUCGCAUUCGCUUAACUGCUUCGAUUGAUGCUUCCAGAUUCUUGUUACGACAAGGAUUAUCUUUCCGUGGCCAUUUCGAAAAAGAAGAAGCUGUGAAUAAAGGAAACUUCUUGCAGCUUCUGAAAUACACAGGAGAACAAAAUGAAACCAUAAGUAAGGUCAUUCUGAGUAAUGCUCCAGGAAAUAAUCAGAUGGUUUCUCCAUUAAUUCAAAAGGAUAUUGUCCAUUCAUUUGCAGAAGAAGUACGACAAGCUAUUUUAGAAGAAAUUGGUCAUGAUGUGUUUGGCUUGUUGGUUGAUGAGUCUGCAGAUGUUUCUCAUAAGGAGCAGAUGGGCGUUGUUUUUCGAUUUGUUGAUAAAAGAGGAGCAAUCAAAGAAAGAUUUAUUGGAGUUGUUCAUGUAAAAGAAACGUUUUCUCUAGCUUUAAAAUCUGCUAUAGAUGAUUUGUUUGCUAAAUAUGGGAUGAGCAUCAAAAAGGUGAGAGGGCAAGGUUAUGAUGGAGCUAGUAAUAUGAGAGGUGAGUUUAAUGGUUUGAGAUCAUUGGCUGCUAGAGAAAACAGCUCAGCAUAUUAUGUUCAUUGUUUCGCUCAUCAACUUCAGCUAGUUGUGGUGGCAGUUGCAAAAAAGCACUUUGACAUUGCUGACUUUUUUGAUAUGAUUUCUACAUUGUUGAAUGUUGUUGGGGACAAGAUAAAUUUCGAGAAAUUCAGCGUGAAGAAUUAG